GUUAGACAAUCUCAUAAUUGAGGCAAUUACUACCUUGAGGGAACCUGGUGGCUCUAAUAAGACAAAGAUUACCUCAUAUAUAGAGGAUCAAUACUGGGCACCACCAGACUUCAAGAGGUUGUUAUCAUCAAAAUUGAAGUUCUUAACAGCUAGUGGUAAACUGGUCAAGGUUAAACGAAAAUAUAGGCUUCCUCCAGUGAUGCCUUCGUCAGAGACAAGGAGCUCUAUGUUAUUCUUGGAUGACCAGCAAAGAGCUUCUUUAAGAGCGGACAAGGACGAAAUGUGUAUUCUUGCUAAAGCUCAAAUUGAUCUUGAAUUAGCCAAGAUGAGAACCAUGACUUCCCAAGAG